AUAAUACAUGCACCCGCGUCAUUCAUCGCCAGUCAAUGUUAUCUUCCACCUACCCACUUCCUCUCGCCUUUACUCCUGCACUCGUUCCCCCAUUUUCCUCCUCCACCUCCACCACUACCGCCGCAUCUACUCCACUAUAGCCAAUCAUUUUCCCUUUCUCUUGUUGUUCUUCUGGAUCUCCACUGCUUCGAGCUAUCUCUCCCUUCCAGAUACGUCUAUGGUGUCUUCGUCUUCCUUCGUUCCUGCUGCGUUGCCAGCCGCAGCCGAAGACAUCGCUCCUCUCCCACUCAUCCGGUGCCCUAGAUGCAACCUCGGUGUGAUCCAGUGGUUCAUCUCUGAGACCCCCAUGAAUCCCGGUCGUCAUUUCUACAAGUGCCAGUUCCGUGAUAUCGGGCGUUGCAACUUUUGGAAAUGGGAGAACAAGUACAUCGACUACCUGCGCGCUCGUUGGUCGCAUGUGUUUCUUCCUGCACCUCCUCCUGCCGUUCAAGCCCCCACCAUGAUCCUCCGUGAGAUUUAGUCGGACAUGAAGAUUGCACUUGCCGUCUCCCUUGGCAUUAAAGUUGAUGUCAUAACUUUUUGGCAAUAAGUUCCCUGCAUACGUAUUUUUGGCCUUAUAGCGCCCGGUGUACAAUGCUGGCACCUCUCUCUUCCAUUGUCAUCUUCCUCUGCCCUCCUCCCCUGCUCCAGAUCCCAUCUCCUCUUCUCUACAAACCAGUUUCCCUUGCAGAUUCGUCCAACCCAGAUUCAUCAACAUGUCUGCACCACAGCCAUGCCCAAACGAAGACCCAGACCCUCUUGAAGACCCCAAAUUCUGGCUUAUCCAUCCAACUGCACCAACUUCAACAUCCCGAACGUCUUUGCAGAAGCGGGAUGAUCCUCCAGUGCAGCAACCCCUCGAAAUAUAUUGAAGAUUAUUCUAAUGUCCGAAUCCGCCCAGCUGCUGAAAUUUGCUACAAACGAGUUGUUUGGGAUUCUACACCUGACAUCCAAACUCCUGGAUUACGCAAUAAACCUUCUAACAGCAACAAUCCAAGCCCGCAGCCUCACACACAGUGUCACCGACAAUCCAGUCCUUCCAUAGGCACUGGUUCAUCUUGGCAUACCACACCGCAAACCAAUGUUUCUUCGCAACACUAUCGCACUCCUCGAUUAUCCACUGCCAAUGACUUUUCGAUUCACAUGAAGGACAAAUACCCUAAUCUGGUAUACACUGAGGUUGGUAUAAUGCUAAAAGAGCACAACGCCAUACCAUUCAAGAUGAUUGCCGAUGUGAAAGACUCCAUAUUGAAAGAGAAUACCCGAUUCCUAGACAAAAUAGCUCCAAAGUUGGAGAAUAGAUGCACAGGCUGUUUAAAAAGAUCAAUCCCCUGCCUGCUUCAACCCGACAAUCAGGCACCCCCACCCAAUGAUAGCACAUUUACCACACCGGAUAACAAUUCUGGAUUGAAAUAUCGAUGUCUCUACACACAUGAUUCUGAAGCUUUUAGUCCAACAUCAUCUUCAACCAACAAAAGGAAAGGAUUACAUACCUCACACCACAGGCAAACAGGCUCUUUGUCAUUGCACAAACCUGAAUCUUCCACCGCUGUUCAUGGCAAAUCGAAGCAUGAUACAAUCAAAUCAUGGGCAAAAACUAUUGUUGGCGGAAUUAUCAUGUACAAUGACGACAUAGCUGUCCCUGAUGGAUCGGUCAUUCUUGGUCAAGAAUCCGCACGCCCUCAAGAAAAAGUUGUUGUCAACCAUUCUCAUUACGCCAUUAGUCAUUGGUCAUCCGGUAGUACCAUCGACUUCCCCUCAAUAGCCCUCCAGGACCGUUUGGCCACUAUCAUUUAUCGCCUACCAAUUGCUGACAAAGAACGAUUCAGUAUCACACACACCUGCCCUAGGUUCAUCACUUUGUCAUCCGAGGCGAUUGCAGACCAACUCGUUGGUUCUGAUAUAAUAGACCAUGAAUUAUUCUCCUUGCUAAUUCGUCGUAUUAGGCAAAUUGAUCAAGAAAUACUUUACCCACACGAUUCUUCACCAUGCCGCCACUACCUCGAACCAGAUUUUGCCAGUAGUGUUUUAUCCAGUGAUAAAGUGGCACGUGCCUGCUAUACUCGAAUCAGGUUGGGUGAUUUUCACAUGGGACAUGCUAUCAAAAACAAUUUACAUCCUUGAUGCUACCUCAGGGUUGUCCAGCCAACUUAAGAAAAGGCAUGAAAUGGUUGCUGACAAAUUACAUGUUGCACUUUUUGCUUGCAUCUUAAAUUUCUUUCAAAAAUGGCAUGUUGAUUGUUCCAACUGGAGAAAGAAAUUCCCUUUCUUGAUGACAUCUAUUUUUCCAAAGAAUCAAUCUGGCGUCUGCGCUCUUCACGUUGCAAGACAUUUUAAUGGGACAUCUCUGGAAGAAAUUUUGACACAUGAUGGAAUAACUAGAGAGAGAGGAUUCCUUCUUCACCAAAUCCUAGUCAUCAAGGGCAACAUUUCAAACCUGCCACAAACUCAGCAGGAUGCACUAGGCAGCAACUGAAGCACUUCAAAUGCAUAUCACCUGAUUUCGCUUGUUUCUUUUAUGUUUAAGGACAUCACGUACUGUGAAUUUUAAUAAAGAUUGUAACGCACAUUUGUCAUACUACAAUUUCAUUUUCACAA